ACGUGAUUCACAGCCCUUACUAUUGUUUAUUGUAAAAAGGGGUAGAGGUGCCUCCUUAGACUCUUUGUUUUCUUUCAGCAACUUUGCACCCAGCAUCCCCAGCGCGAUACAAAGCACAGUCGUCUGCUACGCUGCGUAUCACUGAUAUCGCUAUGUUAUCCAAUGAAUAUGACAUCUACGUGGCGCAAUUCGGCCAUCCUCUUCUCCGUGGGGCCAAGCAUUGGUCCAUCGUGGUCAUGACGGAUCCAAACAAGCUGACCGGGAUCGCGUAUCAGAUCAGCGGUGGUACGGAGACGUAUGAAGUCAAGCCCCCUGAAGGUGUAGACCUGCUUGACACGCCGACAUACAUGGGCAGUGUCAAGGUGGGGAAAGUCGCGAGCAAUAUGGUACAUGGCGAUAACGGGGUCGUUUCACUCAGUUUCAUACUGACGAGGACACCAGUCGUGUUGGGGAACGUGCAUUGGAAUUGUCAGAACUGGGUUGCGGAGGGUCUCAAGCGGUUGAAGGAUGCCCAUCAUUCGAUUGAUGAUGACUCACUGGAGAGUUUGCAGCGGAGACUUAGUUCGGUCCGAAGAGAAAGCCGAGACUGACUGCUGGAUAAAAUAAGCCAUCUUUAAUUUGUUUUUACAAAGUUGGCUACUUACUUAUACUUUCGAGGGAAUAAAGCGCGUAUUUCGUAGGGGUUCAAUGUGAUCAUGCUAAUUGUAAUGUCUUGUUCUUCUCUAUAACCGACCGUCGUUGGACUCAUGGCUUGGCGCAGUUUCAUG